AUGUGUUAUUACUGUGAAACGGAUGUGAACAAUUUUGUAAGACACUUACAGAGAAAUCAUUCUUGUGAACUAGAAGUCCAACGUAUACUAUCAAAGGAAAAGAAAUCCAAAGAAAGGAGAGAAUUAGUUUCACUUCUAAAGAAAAAAGGAAAUUUCAUUAAAAAUUCACAAGAAUGUGUAAAGCCGGUUAAGCAAGGACUUCAACCUUCUCAGUCAUUUCUACCAUGUUCGAACUGUCUAGGGUUUUACCGAUCUAAAUUUUUAUAUAGACAUAGAAAAAUAUGUUUAGGUGGUCAAUCAUCUAGACAUUCUCAAGCGGAAGGCCAAAAUUUCUUGUUAAAAAAUGUUAAAAAAAUUGACCAGCGUUUAAAAGAUGAGGUCUUCCCAAGAAUGCGGCCAGAUAAAAUCUCUCUAGAAGCAAAAAAUGAUUUUCUUAUAUGUGCAUUUGGUGCUAGAUACCUUAAGAUUCAUCGCGAAAAACAUCACAUUAAUGUUACGAGUCGAAAGAUGAGAGAGCUAUCUAGGAUUUUAAUAGAAUUCAAGAAAAUUAAGGCUUGUACAAGUAACCUAUUUGAAGCUCUCAAACCGAAAUUCUAUGACGACUUAGUAGACGCUACGAAAUUGGUAUCAAAAUAUGAUACAGAAAAAGAUUUAUUUUUUUCUCCCACCUAUGCAUUAAACAUAGGAACGUCCUUAAAACAAUGUUGUGACAUUGCGUUACACAUGAUCUCAAAAAUGGAACCAACCAUUGAAACAGCUAAUUGUGAAUCAAAUCUGAAAACAUUAAUAAAUUUGUUUCAAUCAAAUUGGCGAUUUGAUAUAUCAAACCGGGCUGGUAAUGACCUUAAUUUAAAGAAAUUUAAUAAAAUUACUAUUGUACCUCUCGCCAGCGACCUAAAAUUACUCAAGCAACAUUUAGUUACAGAAGCGGAUAAGGCAUUACAACGACUCAAAAUAGAUUCACAUAAUGUUGCUGCUUACAAUACUCUAUUAGAAACGAUAUUUUGCAGAGUUAUACUUUUAAACAGAAAAAGACCAGGUGAAUUGCAAAGAAUGCUUUUGGAUACCUAUGAGAAAUCUGAAAAGAAAAAUGACAGUUAUGAGGAAUUUAAAGAAGUUGUUACCGAAACAGAAAAAAUAUUAUUAAAAAAUAUGAAGCGAAUUGUCAUAAGGGGUAAACGGGGACGAGGUGUUCCGGUUAUAUUUAGCACUGACAUACAAAAUCACAUCAAAGAAAUAUUAAAAGUUUGA